UAUAGGAAGCCUUAAAGGCCUUUAAGAGACUCAAAAUAUAAAAAGAAAAAUCAAGAAAUCUCACCCCCACAUUAUUUUAAUUCCCUUUCGACCAGCUUUCCUAUUCCAUUUUUGUUCUCUUUUUCCAAUGGCUUCUAUUCCUCAUUUAUAUUAUAAUUAUUCAUUUUCCAAUGACUUUUCUCAGUUUCCAAAUUCAUUGCUAAUUUCUCAAGAAAACUGCAUCGGUAGUGGGGCAAUUCCUGGUGCAACAUGGGGUGAAGAAAUUAGUUUUCCAAUGUUUUUGGACAACGGUGGACUUGAUGGUUUUCAACAAGAAUCAGCGGCAUUGUUGCCGGAGCUAAUUGGGAUUUCAUCAGACUUUGCCGUUCCAACAGCAUUGCCUGACAAUAACGUUGCAGGCUUCUGCGGCAAUGGAACCAUUCAAAAUUUUGGUGACAGAUAUCAAUUGCAAGAUGUCAGUGAGUUUGGGGAGGAUUGCAGUGGAUAUGUUCAUCAGGAUUUCAAGCCGGUUGAUCCAACCGUGGGAGAAAACUGGGGAAUUCAAGGGAAUCGACUGCCGCCAGCUAUGGAUGACAGCAAUCUUAAGGUUAGCCGGUAUUCAGUAGAAGAAAGGAAAGAAAGAAUUCUUAGAUACUUGAAGAAGAGAAAUCAAAGGAACUUUAACAAGACAAUUAAGUAUGCUUGCCGGAAAACCUUAGCUGACAGAAGAGUUAGAGUCCGGGGAAGAUUUGCAAGGAACACUGAACAAUGUGAAGAAGAAAUGGUAAUGAAAAAGGAAGAUGACAAUUCACCCAAUGACAAAAACUUGUAUGAUGCAGUUCAGAUCAAGGAUGAUGAGGAUGAAUGGCUGCAACAGGCUAUGGCAAAUCUUAUGUAUUUACCAUAUAUUGCUGGUUAA